ACACACACACACGUCACAUACACACACAGACGAACGCUACUCACCGCCGCCGUCGUUCAUUUCGUACAUUAUCCCGCUCGUUGGUACUUGGUUUUUCGUUCGCCGAAAUUUUCGCGGUCGUUAUUACUGAAUCAAUCAAUUGACGAACAACUGCCGGUCAGACGUCCGACGCAAUCGAUUUUUUUUUACCAAAAAGCUUUUUACAUUUUUUACACAGUCCCGCACGGGGCAACUGAAAACCAAUAGCCGACGACGACGCCGAUACAAUCAUCAUGUCCGACGUGUCCAAAGAAACGCUGAAGAAAGAGAUCGCCGCUCUCCUAAAAUCAGCAGAUUUGACAAAAACCUCUGCAAAGAAAAUUAGACAAGAACUUGAAAAAAAAUUGGACACAGAUCUUGAUGAUCGGAAAAAAGAAAUUGACACAUUAGUAAUGGAAGCUAUUAAAAAAGCUAAAGCCACCAAGAAAAAUGGUAAAGGGGAUAGUGAUGAUGAGAAUGAUGACGAUGAUGAUGAUGUUGAAAAUGAUGAGGAAGAUGAAGAUGAUGAAGAAGAAGAAGUGAAACCAGCUAAAAAGGUGGCUGCUCCUAAGCGUAAGAAGGCUGAUAGUAGUGAUGAAAGUGCUGGUUCUGACGAUGAUGACGGAGAUAAAAAUGACGGUGACUAUAGUCCUAAAAAAGGAACCCCAUCCAAAAAGAAAACCCCUGUGGCUAAACGAGGACGUAAGAAGAAGGAUGAUAGUGAUAGCGAUGAAGACUGGAAAGGAGCUAAAAAAGGAGCAAAAAAAACUGGGGCAAAACGAGGAGGUAAUAGUGGUUACACAAAAUCAGUAGCACUUAGCCCAGAACUGGCUUCUCUCAUGGGAUCUGAAGCUUUACCUCGUCACGAAGUUGUUAAAAAAAUGUGGGCAAUCAUUAAAGAGAGAAACCUUUAUGAUCCAACUAACAAACAAUAUGCUAUUUGCGAUGAUGAUUUGAUGAAAGUAAUUGGAGUUAAACGUUUCAGAACUUUUGGUAUG